GAACACCCCGUCUCGAGUGCUCGUUCCUGGAUCUGUACAGAAUCGAGCCACUCUAUGAAGCAGAACACCCCAUCUCGAGUGCUCGUUCCUGGAUCUGUAUAGAAUCGAGUGUUUCAUGAAGCAGAAUACCCCAACUCGAAUGUUCGUUCAGGAAUCUGUAUAGAUUCGACCCACUUCAUGAAACGGUGGCUAUGGAAGGUCGCAUGUGUGUUCUUGCGAAUUCUCCCAAGCAGCUCCGUAAAUAUCGAAAGUCUGUAGAUCAUGCGACAGCCCAGAGUUGAUUUGGAAAGGACUAGGUCAAGCUCUGCCUGACAGGCAUUUUGUUUGGUCUCGCUAAAAUACUUUUGAAAUCUUCGUUCAAUACUCUAGAAAAUACCAAUUGUUGCUCUGUGAAACAUAUUCUUCUUCAUGAGCUUUGACGACCAAUCGGGCCCGAGGAAUCAUCUUCCGUCAUCGACCGAUCAUCGUCGAGUGUUGUUCGUCCGAAGCUCCGGGAGUCGGUGCGGACAGGAAGAGCCCCAAGUUCAUUCACCUGAUGCAGAAUGGCUCCGGCUUCCCAUCAGCUGUACGGGUUUUGAUUUAAGUCCCAAACUUAGACCACACUUUGUAAAGCCUCGCUCUCACACGGAAGAAGAUCACCAAGAUGAUGGGUACUCCGAAUUUGUUGAUUCUGGUGCUCAUAGGAGCUGGAUGGUGCGGGGUCCUUGUAACAUGUGAAUUCACAUUCGGUACAGACGCAUCUCCUUUUUUCUGCAGCGAAGAGGGCAGCUUGUGGUGUGCGGGCGACGCGAACGUUGGCUCCAACGGAGUUUUGAACUUGGCGCCAGAUGACAGGACCAAGCCUCAAGAAUACGUCCAAACGGCGGGUAUGGCUCUCGUCUCGUCUCCUAUCGAUAUGCGAGGGAAACUUUACGGCUGGAAGUCCUUCAGCACGCACUUCACUUUCAGAAUCGAGCCCAUGUACCCGCUUGGACCUGGAGACGGCUUGGCCUUUGUGAUGCUCGGUAGUAAGGUAAAAGGCUGUGCAGGUCGGAAUUUCGGCGCCUUCGACUGUUUCGGGUGGCAGAUCGUCCAGACGGUCGCCGUCGAGUUUGAUACAUAUCAAAAUAUCGAUAUUGGGGACAUAAAUGCAAAUCACGUGGGCGUGGACUUUCAGUCUAUCAGGUCGAAUAUCUCCAGAGAUGCUUUGGAAGGUGGCAUUUCACUUGCCGGAGGUGAAGUCAUUCACGCCUGGAUCGACUACAGUGCAGUUUACGAGCAGCUGGAAGUUAGGAUUAGGCUUGACGGAAGAAAACCCAGGGAUCCAUUCCUCAGCUACUCGGUAGCACUUUCUGACAUCUUCAGUGGGCCAGUGUACGUAGGCUUCGCGGGAUCCAAUGGAGGCUGCAAAUGUCACAGUUUUUACUCCAUCUUGUACUGGACCUUCCAGACUUUCUGGGAAUUUCGACCCUUGCAAUUCCUUCUAGCAAUCAUCAGUCUUGUAGUGCUUCUUUUUGUUCUCGUCAUAAUCCUGCUCCAUUGUUAUAGAUCUGUCUCGUUUACCAACUUACCAAAAGAGAACCCACUCUCUGACCGGCUUCUACCUGAAGACAGUCCAGCAAUCUCACCUCGUGAAUUCAGCUCCAGAGAGCUGCAGUCUUAUACCGAUGGUUUCAACCACAGGAUCCGAGAAACCAAAUCCAUCUCGAUCUAUAAGGGUACGCUUCGGAUGAGGAUUGGACCAUUAUGGUCUUCGUGGUUCGGAUGGAAGAAGUUCGAUGUGGCUGUGACGGCUUGGACGACCACUAACUCCAUCGAGGCGGCAAUCGAGUUCGAAUCUAUGAUCUGCACUCUCACAAGUGUGCAACAUGGUAACAUUACGAGGUUCUUCGGCUGGUGCAGAGAAGGGGACAAAUGCUUCGUGGUGCACGAGUUCAUGCGCGGAGACUUGGAGUAUGCCUUGUUUAAGUCGAGACAGUCGCUCUCCUGGAAGGACAGGGUCAAUGUGAUAUUCGACAUAUGUGAAGCCUUGUGCUAUCUCCGUAAAAGGCGAAUCCUGCAUCGUCAGGUCAAGCCUAGUAAUAUUCUUCUGGACGGUGUUUCGGUCGCGGAGCAGGGUCAUAUGGUCACCAAAGCUAAGCUCAACGAUUUUCGGCUGGCGGAGGCAUUGGGACCUGGUGACAAAAUCUUCGUAGACAAAUCUCUUGCGGAUGAGUGGUCUGCUGGUCUGAGUUUCGGGGGCCUGGCUCCAGAGGCUGUCAAGGAUGGAAUAUUUAGCGAGGAGUCUGAUGUGUACGCAUUUGGAAGCGUGAUCCUGCAAAUCGUUACCGGGAAGCGCACUGAAGACACGAUUCCGAACUCCAGCCACUUUCUUCUGUGCAAUUGGUUGGUAGAGAAGCUCGAAAAUAACUGCUUAGAAGAUGCUAUCGACCCCAAACUCCGUCACCCUUUCAGGCAAGAUGACGCCAUUGCACUUCUGAAACUUGGCCUGCAAUGCUUGCAGCCGGAUCGAAACGAGAGACCCUCCAUGUUAGUCAUUAAGAAGAAAGUGGAGUCUCUUAGGUUGCCCCACAGCCUUGUUAGCUGAAAUCUGCCUUUACCCACCAGAGGGCAACUCCAUGCCGUGCACAAAAUUUCAUCGUUCCUAGGAAUUUCUGUAGUGGACUUGUCGAAUUGAAGUCGGGUAACGAAUAGUAGUGUUCUUACACGAAAGGGAAGUUUUGCAAUUCGUGGGUACAAUGUCCGGGCCCAGCAAAGAACGUGUGCAGUUAAGUUGCCAGUGUACAUAAAACGAAUCACAGAAGAAGAGAGAUUCUGUUUCCCUCCAGCUGAGUGUAAUGACUUGGGUUCAUUCUCAAUUAGAGAAGCAAUUGUGAACAGCUGUGAUUGAAAAACUGAAGCUGCAUGAUGACUCUGCAUGUUCCUGGCUCAUUGCUACUCUUGCAGCUGUAAAAUGUAAAAUGUAACCUGAGGAGGCUAUAAAAUCCAGUGCUUGACAUGUCGUAGAGCAUAUGUCCACC